GCGGGGCUUGCGCUGAACUAUUUGCAGCGGGAAAUCCUUCAGGUUCGUUAACUCCUCCAGUCGGUGAGUGAUUUAGCAGAUAAACAGCACAGCAGUAGUUUGGUGUCUGGAAAAUGAAGAACAGGCCGAACAUGGCUUCAUCCUCAGAGGAGAGCCGCUUUCUGGAGCAGAUGAAGAGGAAACGCGUGAAAAUAACCCUGUCAGACACGGAGAUCAGCGGCGUCAUCCAGAAAAUCACCCAGAAGAAGACGCUCAUCCUGGAGGACGUGUCUGAAGUGAAGAGUGGACGCAGAUUUCCAGGAGCCAAACUCAUUUUUGGAAACGAGAUUAUCAAAAUGGAGUUUCCGGUGUCUGCUGGUCAGGACAGUGUGUUCAGUAAUGAUAAACACAAAUCAGAGUUCCAGACAUUCAAGAAGAAGACGAUACUGGACAGCGAGAAGGACAGCGUGAGGUACGUGUUGAUCGAUGAGCUUCAUGAGAAGUUUGGCCCUGCGAUCAUGCACAUCCAGGAGCAGGAUGUGAUCGGCAUUGGGGCUGAUGUGUACGGACAGAGCGGCCAGGAGAGACUCUGCUGGUUACAGGUGGCCACUAAGAAGGUGGUGUACCUGUUCGACAUCCUCCUGCUGGGCGGUCAGGUGUUUAAGAACGGCCUGUCGAUGAUUCUGGAGAACACACACAUCCUGAAGGUGCUCCAUGACUGCCGCUGCAUCACCCGCUGCCUGAAGGCGGAGUUCAGGGUCCAGCUGACCAAUGUGUUCGACACACAGGUGGCUGAGCUGCUGCUGUUCUUCAGUGAGAGUGGAGGGUUUCUGCCGGAUCGACUGGCUUCACUCCCAGAGCUGCUGCAGCUUCACCUCAGACUGACCACAGCGGAGAUCCAGCCACUCUGCUCCAAACAGCAGCAGAGCAGGGAGUGUGUGCAGCUGUGGUAUAUGCGUCCGUGUCCUCCAGAUCUCCUCAGUCUGAUGUGCUCUUCAGUCCAGCAUCUCCUCUCUCUGCGUCUGCUGCUGCUGGAUGCUCUGCUGGCGGAUUACACUGUGCUGGUGGACUCCAUCAUGAGCAGCUCUCACUGCCCACCACUGCACUUCCAGCAGGACGAGUCCGUGGUGCUGCCGGAGCUCCAGGAGCUGAUGUGUGUGCGUCAGCAGAGGAUGGACUGGGCCUCUCGGUGUUACUCUCAGACUGCUAGUGGUCUUCUGCUGCGCUCCAGCUUUAAAGCCCCUUCACACACUCCAGCAGAGGCUCAAUAAUGCUGUCCUGCGGUAAAAACCCCUCUUCUGUUCAGUCUGACUUCUGUUCAUCAUCUGAGAAUGAGAACCUGUUGUGUUGAAUAUUAAGAGUUCAUAGAGCUGUAAGGAGUGUGUUCAAUAAAUCUGGAGCUCCUGUGCUGCUCUCGAGGGUGAUCUUUGUCAAGUCCACUCACCUGAGUGAAGCACAC